UUAUAAUAUAAAUCAUCAACAAUUAUCAGUUUAUUACUUUUUAAUUUUACAAAAUUUAACAUAUUCGAUGACUUCAAGUUUGUUAGUUUUACAUAUAUUUAUUAAUUCUUACGUUUUUUUAUAUGAAAUUUGGUUCCAAGGCUAAUUUUCAUUUUCUACUUGGUAAUACCAAAUUUUUAUCUAAAAACGCAAUUAGUCCCUGUGAAAUUCAAAGAUUUAACCCAAAUUUAUCCCAAAUUUACAAUUUCACAAUUUUUUCUAAAGAACAAAUUAAAUCAAAAAUUACCAUUAAAAUACCACAUUGGCUGGAUAUUUCAGAUUCUAGCAGCGAUCUUUCAUUUAAUCCUGUAUCUUCCAACCCCGAAUCUAACAAAUUUGACAACGGAUAUGAUCCUGAAGUAUUAACUGACAAACCCAUUGUUUCAGAGGAAAAGGGUCUAAAAUUGAUAAAUAAGCAGCCGUUGAAGAAGAUAAGACCAUUUAAACUAAACGAGUUAAGUGUGUUCAACACUGAUCCGUAUAAAUUAAUAAAACCAAUAAGGAAGAACCCAGUUCUGAGGCACAUUUGGAAACUGAGAGUAAGCUCUGCAUAUAGGCGUGGAAUACAAAAAAGGCUUGUGGUAGGUUCAAACAUAAUAAGGCAUAUCCUGACCCACACCGAGGCCAGAUUUGAUACUAUCCUGACCACAAACAAAGAACUCAUCGAUUUCGUACUCUCAAAUCCUUUACUCAACUGUAGAUAUUCCAGAAUACAACUUGUGGAUAGGUAUACUCUACAGUACUGCUUAAGGGGAACUACGCACUCAUACCUGUCAUCAGACGCUAUUGCUGAUGCAGCAAUUCCCACACCAAAUACAAAUAUUACUCCCAGAUUUGUCGUUGCCAUUGAUAAUUUGAAAUACGCAAGAAAUAUUGGUUCAAUUAUUAGAACCUCCUUGGCCUUUGGUGUUGAUUUGUUAUUUUACCUAAACGGAACAACUGAUCCAUUUAACUGGAAAGUUUCAUCUGUAACUGGCGGAUUACAGUACUCAAUUCCUUACAGAUUUGGUGACUUGAGUGACUUGAGGAAGUUUUGUAAGCAGAACGAGCUGGUUCCAGUAGUUGCUCACUUGGAAGGAGAACCAUUGGAAACAUUUAAACUCUCAGGUAAAGGAGUGUGCCUAAUUCUAGGCAACGAAUCCCACGGACCAAACCCCCAAUCAUUUAACUUUGCCCGCAGGGUGUCACUUUAUAUGCAUCCGUUUACUGACUCAUUAAACGUUUCAAUAGCCGGCGCUAUAAUAAUACAUCAGCUAAAGUGCUUACAAUUAAGUCAAGCUGACUAG